CUCUUUGUGGCAACAGCAGCUGUCAGGCUCGCCACCCCUGUGCUCCCUUCGCCCCCGGACCGCAGCGAAAAUGUCUGCAUCAGGGACUUUGUACACUUACCCAGAAAACUUCCGAGCAUUCAAGGUGCUCAUUGCUGCCCAGUACAGUGGUGCACAAGUCAAGGUUGACCCUAACUUCCAGUUUGGUGUCACUAAUAAAACCGAUGCAUUUCUAGCGAAAUUCCCAUUGGGCAAGGUGCCUGCAUUUGAGGGCAGUAAUGGUGAGCUCAUCUUUGACAGCAAUGCCAUCGCCUAUGCCGUCGCCAAUGAGCAGCUGCGUGGCAAGAGCACUGCAGACCAGGCGCUCAUCCUCCAGUGGAUUUCCUUCGCAGAGGUUGAACUACUCCCUGCUUCAUGCACGUGGGUGUUCCCGUGUCUGGGUCUCAUGCCCUUCAACAAAGGCUCCAAUGACCGCGCCAAAGAGGACGUCAAGAAGUUCCUGUCCCUACUCAAUUCCCAUCUCCUGACCAGGACUUACUUAGUUGGCGAACGCAUCUCUCUAGCCGAUAUUUCAGUUGCCUGCACCUUACUACAACUCUACCAGCACGUUCUAGAGCCUUCGUUCCGUGCGCCGUACCAGAACUUGAAUCGUUGGUUUACCACAAUGAUCAACCAGCCUCAAGUGAAGGCUGUCAUAGGCAACUUUGAGCUCUGCUCCAAGAUGCUCACGUUUGACAACAAAAAGUUUGCUGAGGUGCAAGGCAAGCUCAAGUCUGGUGAUGCAGCUCCCAAGAAGGAAAAGAAGCAAGAAAAGCCAGAGAAGAAGGAUAAACCUGCCAAGGAAGCCAAGGAACCUGAAGAGGAACCUGCUCCUGCACCCAAGCCGAAGGAUCCUCUGGCUGCGCUUCCCGCAGGUUCGUUCAAUCUGGAUGACUUCAAGAGAUUCUAUUCCAAUAACGAGGAGGAGAAGUCAGUCCCUUACUUCUGGGAGAAGUUCGACAAGGAGCACUACUCUAUUUGGUUCGGCGAGUACAAAUUUCCCGAAGAGCUCUCUAAGAUCUUUAUGUCGUGCAACCUGGUGAGUGGUAUGUUCCAGCGACUCGACAAGCUUCGCAACAACGCUUUCGCCUCCGUCUGUGUCUUUGGCACUGACGGCGAUAACACCAUCUCUGGCGUCUGGGUCUGGAGAGGACAGGAGCUUGCCUUCCCGUUGUCCGAAGAUUGGACGAUCGACUACGAGAGCUACACGUGGCGCAAGCUCGACGCAGGCACUGACGAGACCAAGAAGCUCGUCGACCAAUACUUCAAGUGGAUCGGAGAAGAUUCUCACGGACGUAAAUUUAAUCAAGGAAAGAUUUUCAAGUAGAUGCAAGCACCUGUGUGACCCUGAUGAGUGUGCUUGUGUUGCUGCACCGUUCAAGGAAACUAAUCCGAUGAA